GAUUCAGUGUUUGAUGGCGGGAGGCUGGGUGUUAUUUUAACAACUGAACUAAUGUCAUUCGAUAGCUGUUUGGUGGAUUUUGUUCGUGUGGAGACUGAUCCAUACUAUACAUCUUCCCUCAAACGCAUCCUUGAGAUAAGACCAGAACUCCAUGAAAAGAAAACGUCGAACAUACCUGAUAAUGCAUGUUUUCAAAGACAGUAUGCAGUAGCCCUGUUUUUUAUAAUGAAUUCAUAUGGAAAUUGUGACCGAGUAAAAUUCUUCAAACGACCUGGAGACCCUGGCUAUGUGGAGGGUGUCACGACUAUAACCAAGGAGUGUCAGCUGGCCCAAGGGAGACAAUUACAAAUAAGUCACUUACCAAUAGAGGAUACAGUCUGGUCUAUAGAUAGAGUUAUAGACAAAACAGACACCACAGAUGUUAUGCUAGUAAUACAGGACCGAUGUUCCCUGGUGGUCGGGUUUACUGUAUGGGACACAUCAGCUACCACCCUAUCAGAUCAUGUCUACCUGGCUCUGUGUACAGCCUGUCUGUUCCCUGUAGUACACCGGCCCCGCCGACCUCGUUACUUCUCUUUCAGAGACAAAUAUCUAGCCAAGAUCUGUAUGUCAGAUGUAGAUGGCCUAGGGAUCACCUGCAUAAUGGGACCAGACCGGACAAUUUGUCAGAUGCCCUCACACUCCGUCAUCGCCAGUACAGACACACCACCUGUCGUCACCAGUACAGGCACACCACCUGUCGUCACCAGUACAGACACACCACCUGUCGUCACCAGUACGGGCACACCACCUGUCAUCACCAGUACGGGCACACCACCUGUUCUCACCAGUACAGACACACCACCUGUCAUCACCAGUACAGACACACCACCUGUCAUCACCAGCACGGGCACACCACCUGUCGUCACCAGUACAGACGCACCACCUGUCGUCACCAGUACGGGCACACCACCUGUCAUCACCAGUACGGGCACACCACCUGUCCUCACCAGUACAGACACACCACCUGUCAUCACCAGUACGGGCACACCACCUGUCGUCACCAGUACAGACGCACCACCUGUCGUUACCAGUACGGACAUACCACCUGUCGUCACCAGCACAGACACACCACCUGUCCUCACCAGUACAGACGCACCACCACUGUUUAGAGAGUGCAAUGUCUGCCACUUCCGGGCUGAGAAGGAAGUGUUUCACACAUGCGAAGGGUGUGGAGCAAUGCUGUACUGUACACAGGCUUGUCAGGAGACUGAUUGGGGACAGGAAGGACAAACAACCUUAUACAAUCACUCAAAAUGGUGUCACCGACUCAAGCUAUAUAUGGAAGAGGAAAAGCAACUUAUUGAUCUACCCUUCACUUUCACAUCAGACACGACACAUCCUGACUUUGGUGUACAGCAGCUAGAGGCGUUCCUACAAAGGAUUGGGUUGUUUGGUCGAGGCUUGUGGCAGUGGGUCUGUCCUGUCACCUCAGGUUUACCUGUUACCCAGACACAUGGAACUGGUUUCUUCAAGGACCAUCAGAACCCAUUUUUGGACAUUAAGGAGAAUGCCUGUUCAACUGAAGGCCUGCCAGAGAAUAAUAGUACCCAAGGGAGCCAGUCAAGUGAGUCUGGCACUAAACUGGAUCCAUCAGAAGACCCUUGUUCUCAAGUUGAUCGAACGGAGGAUUCUGAAUCCUCAGUUAGUCGACAAGAAAUUUCUUAUACGAAAGUGGAUCAGUCAGAGUCUUGUGGUAUUAGAGAUCAGUUGAGGAAUCAUGACGUCCCUAUGGAUCAGUCAGGUGAUGCUUGUGCUAUUGGAGAUCAGUUGAGGAAUCGUGAUGUCCCUGUGGGUCAGUCAGGGUUUGCCAGUACCCCACUAACUGACUGGGCUAACUACUACAAACACAAAGGGUUUAGCUUUGACUCACCCAUUGCUGUACUUCUACAGUGGCCAUUGACACUCUACUACAUACUGACUAGCUGUCUACCACAGGAUUAUGGCUGCGGAUUGGCUGAGGACAGGCCUGUCAUUCUAGACAUUCUAGGAGUGGAACAGGAAGUAGACCUGUAUCCAGUCUUUCAGGAACUUGGCAAUUUAUUGCCAGGUCAUGACUUUGUCAUCAACCUGUUUGGGAAGAAUAUCAGCAAGGUCGUGGACAGAUGUGUGAAGGUCAUGGGGAGAGUAAAGAUUAAGGUCUAUAGAUGCCUGUAUCAUAACUACAAAGGACGCUGGAAACCCGACCUGGCCAUAGGUUUCAAUGCAGGAAUAGCAGCCUACCCAUCCUGGAGAGAUACAAUCAGGAAGUUAAAGGAUGAGCAGAUCCCAGCCUACUUCACCGACUACUGUCACUACAGCGCUGACCUUGGUCGGGAGGUAGUGAGGGAGGGGUGUUAUCUGGAGACAUCCACACCCUCCGUGAACCCGUUCAGGAGUCCGAUGAGGCGUGUCUGUGAACAACACCUCCUGCCAUGGUUCAGUAAUGCCUUCAUCUUUCACCUGAUCUACUCGCCCAUUAAACAAAGCUGACACAUA